UUGGUCUUCGGGUGCCUCUGGGUAGCGAGGGUGUGGGUGUUGGCUUGCCUGCAGGGCUGGGGGCCUCAGUGCGUGUGCGCGCCUGUGCGCGGCCCGGGAGAGCCCGCGGCGCCUCGGCCGGUGGCUGUGCUCGGCGGCCGGCUGUGCGAGCGAGUGCGCGAACAGAGCGAAGCGCACAGCCCGCCCUGGCGGCCAGCAGCCGCGAUUAUCUGAGCCGCUCUGUUGCGGGUGGCUGCUCCUGGAUCUCCCGGCUGCGGCGGCCAAGGCGAGACUGACUGUGGGGCGGCGAAGGAGCCGGGGAGCCAAGACUCAGGCUCGGGCAGCAUGGAACAGCGUGCAAGUCGAGCAGUCCUGAAGUUGAGUUUGAGAGGCGACACGGCGGCGGCGGCCGCGUUGCUCCCGCUCCUCUGCCUCCCGAUGGAUAUGCACUGCAAAGCAGACCCCUUCUCCGCGAUGCACCCAGGGCACGGGGGUGUGAACCAGCUCGGGGGGGUGUUUGUGAACGGCCGGCCCCUACCCGACGUGGUGAGGCAGCGCAUCGUGGAGCUGGCCCACCAGGGUGUGCGGCCCUGUGACAUCUCCCGGCAGCUGCGGGUCAGCCAUGGCUGUGUCAGCAAAAUCCUGGGCAGGUACUACGAGACUGGCAGCAUCAAGCCCGGAGUGAUUGGUGGCUCCAAGCCCAAGGUGGCAACGCCCAAAGUGGUGGACAAGAUUGCCGAAUACAAGCGACAGAACCCGACUAUGUUCGCCUGGGAGAUCCGUGACAGGCUGCUAGCCGAGGGCAUCUGCGACAAUGACACAGUUCCCAGCGUCUCAUCCAUCAACAGGAUCAUCCGGACCAAAGUUCAGCAGCCUUUCCACCCAACGCCGGAUGGGGCAGGGACAGGAGUGACUGCCCCUGGCCACACCAUCGUUCCCAGCACGGCCUCCCCUCCUGUUUCCAGCGCCUCUAACGACCCAGUGGGAUCCUACUCCAUCAACGGGAUCCUGGGGAUCCCUCGCUCCAACGGUGAGAAGAGGAAACGCGAGGAAGAUGUAUCUGAGGGCUCUGUCCCUAAUGGAGACUCCCAGAGUGGUGUGGACAGUUUGCGGAAGCACCUGCGAGCCGACACCUUCACCCAGCAGCAGCUGGAAGCUCUGGAUCGAGUCUUUGAGCGUCCUUCCUAUCCCGAUGUCUUCCAGGCAUCAGAGCACAUCAAAUCAGAACAGGGGAAUGAAUACUCUCUCCCAGCCCUGACCCCUGGGCUUGAUGAAGUCAAGUCCAGUCUAUCUGCAUCCGCCAACCCUGAGCUGGGCAGCAAUGUGUCAGGCACACAGACGUACCCCGUUGUGACCGGUCGUGAUAUGACGAGCACCACUCUACCUGGUUACCCCCCUCAUGUGCCCCCCACUGGCCAGGGAAGCUACCCUACCUCCACCCUGGCAGGAAUGGUGCCUGGGAGCGAGUUCUCAGGCAACCCAUACAGCCAUCCCCAGUACACCGCCUACAAUGAGGCUUGGAGAUUCAGCAACCCCGCCUUACUAAGUUCCCCUUAUUAUUAUAGUGCCGCCCCCCGGGGCUCCGCCCCUGCCGCUGCUGCCGCUGCCUAUGACCGCCACUAGUUACCGCGGGGACCACAUCAAGCUUCAGGCAGACAGCUUCGGCCUCCACAUCGUCCCCGUCUGACCGCCCACCCCAGAGGGAGGGAGGACCGAAGCGACGCGCUGCCUCUCGGCCACCGUCCCUGUCCCACCCCCACCUCGAGACAUCCUCCCCCAAGUCCCGCAGCCCUUCUCAUCACCCUGUCGUUGGCCAGACAGGACAGGUGGAGCCGCGGGUGGGACCCUCAGGCCCCAGCCCUGCCCGUCGCCCCUCCCCGCCUGCCUGGACUGCGGCGCCGAUCGGAAGCCCGCCCGCCUCUGGCCCGCGCGCCGUUUCUGUGACACACAAUCAGCGUGGCCCACCCGGGGGCAGCCCACUUCGGACGCCCGGGAGUCUGGAGGCUUCGCUGGAGAAGCUGAGCAAGGGAAGCUAAGGAAAGGACUUUGUGCUGAAGGAGGAGCCGCCGGGGAGACCCGGGGUGGGGGGGAAUCCUGCCCCAUCCCCCCUGUGCCUGCCAAGCUGACCCCGCCUUCUGUCUGCGCCCCGCCCCAGACGGUGGCACUGGGACGCAAGGGUCGGACUCGAGGGACAGCGUUUGGGGUGACAGCGUUUUCCAAGGCUGGUACCCAAGGCGAGCAGACGCCAACUGAGCUCAUCUACCUGAACUGCUUAGUUCCCUUGGGCCUGCGAUCUCCUCCUGCAGUGACUCUCCUCUCGGCCCCGCCUUGCCCUUACGUCAGCGCCUCUUCCACCUGCUGGCCUCUCACUUUUCCCUCCUGUACUUCCUCGGCUCAUCCCACGACACCUUGUGUUUGGUCUCAAGCACGCAGCCACGUCGGGGCCACCGCGGGAACCGUGUCCUCAGGCUGCGAGCAUUGAUCUUUUCCCAUCAGUAAUGCGCUGCCCACCCCCACCCUCCCAUCCCAAACUCCCAACCUGCGUGCGCAAGGAGCCUGGAAGGAACUGACGACCGAGCCGCCCCAGAUGAAAACCCGGGGCUCCCCGCCCCAUUCCCCCCAAGCACCCCCUCCCCAGCCUUCCCUUGGGCAGGAGCUGAACAGAGCCUCAAAA